AUGCGUCUCCGGACUGCUUCCAACUGCUUCACGCCGCUUGUGCGAAUGGGUCUGGUCAGAGUGAUUGAAGGGCCAGUUGCUGCAGCCGCGGAUGGUUUCAAGUUCUUCCCCUACACUACCUCGGCGGACCGUACGAUUGAGUGCUCAGAGGAGGCGCUGGUGGCGGACGCUCUUCUGGGCCCAGUGCUUGCCGAAGCCUUCAGUUUCCUCGUCAGCGCCGGCCUGAUACGGCGUAACGUGAAUUUAUUUAUUCGUCUACGAGACGGUCCGCCGAAGCUGGCCUUCUUAAACCUGAUCCGGCGCCUUGUCAGACAUUGGAGUCUCCUACGAAGCCCAUACAAAGAGCCUGCGAGCCCUAAUCAGCUUGGAGAUGAUGCAAAGUCGUCAGAUCUCCACUGGAUCAAUCUUGCUCUCGAUGAGGCCGAUGUCUGUGAACAGAAGCUGCAGAUUGAGGCCUGUCUGCACCGCUUUCAGGUCACCACUUUCUGGCCCAGCGUGCUCUUAUAUACACCGACACCGAAAUGUUUGGCUCGGUAUGAGUCCGGAAAUCGGCGAACCCAUGGGCGUGCCCUUCACCUGCUCGCAGGUUGUUUCUUUGAAGAUAAAGUACGUCGUGAGAAAGAACUUCAGGAAUUUGAGGAUUUGGGCGUGUCCGAGGUGAUUCUCCGUUUCAUCGUGUCCACUGCCCUGGUCGAGUUUCUGCUCGAACAGGCAAUCCGGGUCUUAUCUGAGAAGACGACUCCUGCCGCGGACGAUUGCAAAGCGACCUAUCCAAUGCAGAAUUUAAACCACCGUCACGUAGUUCCCCUCCUCUAUGACGCGCUGAGGGAGAUUCUGCGACUACAGGGUGUUGACUUUGAGAUAUGGUCGCGUCAGCUUGUGUGGCAACGACUGCAGCUGCCGAAAUCCAUCUGCUCCGAGUGGGACAAAGAGGAGGAUGUGGAUCUCGACGCCACGGCUAUCACUUUUGAUCCGGACUCUUCAACUCUGAUGGAUGCUACCACAGCAGACAUUUCCCUCAAUAUGACUAUGUCUUCGGUAAUGCUUUUUGCUUUUCUUUGUGUUUGCAAGUGGUCGCAUGACGGUUACAUAUUUUUUUAA